AUGUGUGACUUUGACUGCGGUUUGUCAUGCGUUAAACGUGGUGUAACAUGUCCCUAUUUAACCCCACCGGAUCAUGGUAGAAUUAUCUAUUCAAAUGUAAACAAAUUUGGUUCAAGAGCUACAUUUGAAUGUGACAUGGGAUAUGUAUUGGAAGGUGCUAAAAUUCGUCACUGUCAAGGCGAUAUGUGGUGGGGUCCAUCAGACAAUGUUCCCUAUUGUAUUAAAGAAGUGGUUUGUGGACAUCCACCAGAAGUGUUAAAUGCUGCUAAUGAUGCACCGACAAUUAAUUGUGGCUCUCCAGGUCAAUUAAAAAAUGGUUACAUGACAGGAGAACGAUUUGAUUAUCCCAAUAUGAUUGCGUUCUUUUGUAAUGAAGGAUUUGAUUUGAUUGGCGAUGCAACAACACGUGCCAUAUCAAUGUGUAAUGAAAACGGAAUUUGGUUGCCUCCAAUACCGCGAUGUGAAAGAAAAUCUUGUGGCACAUCACCAUUUGUAAAUAAUAGUUACAUGUUAGUCAGCAGCAAGGAAGGAUCAUUAACAAAUGUCAUGUUUAAUGAGUCAGUUGAAUAUUCUUGUAUGAACGGAUAUCAAUUAUAUGGACACUCUAGACUAACAUGCGACUCAAGUGGUAAUUGGGAUCAUUAUCCACCUAACUGCAAACUAUUCAGUUGUUUUGAUCCUAAAAAAUUAUUUAAUGGUUAUAUUGAGUCCGUCGGAGAAAAACUCGUUAAUAAUGGUUAUCUUCUCAAUUCAACCGUUAUGUUUCGUUGUCCAUUUAAUUAUACUUUACGUGGUUCAUCGACUGCUGUUUGCACGAAUAAUGGUUGGAAUCCGUCUAUUCCAAGAUGUGAAAAUUUUAACACAUGUCCUGUUCCCGAACUUCCAGUGGGUGCACGUUAUACAAAAUUUCAUCCAUCUAUACAGUCUAUUAAUGAUGGACAAUAUCUUGAAUAUGUUUGUCCUCCAUCAAAGACACCAUCAAGAGGCAAAAUAGCAUGUAGAAAUGGAUCUAUCAUCCCUCGAUUACCAAUAUGUUUUAAUGGAUGUAAAUUAUAUUUACUGAUGAAUUACACAAAUAUUAAAUUUACGAAAUUAUCUGUUCGACAUCAUGAAAGAGUUUAUUAUUCAUGCUAUGAUAAUAACAGUGUUCCUCAAACAAAUGUUUCAAUCAUUUGUAUAAAUGGACAUUUAUCGGAGAAGCCAACUUGCAGUCAGCGUGAUGUUUUUAUCACAUCGGAUCCUUUAUUUGAUCAAAACAUUGUUGGUACAACUAGUACGCCAAAAAUGAUGUUGCAAUCACCUAAUUUAUUUAGUUUUAAUAAAACUUGUCAAGGUGGUCAAUUUUCACAUGAUCAACGUUGUGCUGUAUCGUGUAAAGAACAUCCACCAGCAAUUUUGAAUGGACGAGCUGUUUUUCGAUCCACAUAUCAUGGUAGCGUGGCUCGAUACCGAUGUUUUCCCGGAUACAGAAUUGAAAAUAAUUAUCAUAAACUAACAUGUCAUCAUGGCAAAUGGACACCAGUUCAACCUCCUCGCUGUUCACCAAUUUUUUGCAUAAAUCCUGGUCCUCUAAUUAAUGGAAAAAUUUUUGUUUUACUUCACGAUCGUAUCCCUGCACUUCCAAUCAAAAGUGAAUUUCGUUCCUACAUACCCAAUGUUGGACACGGUAGAACUAUACAGUUUGAAUGCAAUCAAGAUUAUACGUUGGUUGGACCAACAGGUUGGACAUGUAAUCACGGAAGAUGGAUGCCUGCAGAACGACCACGCUGCUUAAUUGAAAAUCAUGUACAUCCAAAUAUUAUCUUUACUGGACGUUAA